AUGACGAUCACCACUUAUGAAACAUUCCCUCAGAAGAACGUCGUCUACCCCUGUCGACAUGACAGAAAGAAUGAAAAGCCUUCGGCCAAGAAUGCACAGGGCCUGUUUCCUCCAGACGCAUGUGUAUUUGUUGGAAAUCUCUCAACCGAAGUCCCUCCUGACAAACUUGUCCGAGACUUGGAGAAGAAAUUCUCUGUCAUCGGCCCCUGCCACGUCAAAGUCAAGCAAGACAAGAAACAGGGACUGCCAGGCGCAUUUGUACAAUUUGAACAUAUCGAGGAUGCCAAAACCGCGCUGGCAUGGACCGAAUGUCUCCUUUUGCACAAGCGUUUCCUGCGGAUUGAAAAGGCAAAAGGGAAAAGAACUGCUCGUUUCGGAUUCCGCACAGGCGCCCCCAUCACCGACUUCGACGUGACCGAUGUACUCGCACGCUGGGGCCCGAUCGAAGCCUUUCGUAUUGAGUCAGUUCCCUUCGGCUAUUCACCAUGGAGUUAUUUUUCGACCGUCUCGACCGUCACUUUUGCCUAUGUGGACGACUGCACGGAUGCAAUCAGGUUCUUCGCCAAUGACCAGAUCUUUUAUCUUCAUCGUCUAGACCUCGAUGGCAACCCGCUCCUCCCACCCGCCCCGAACAAAGAUCCCGCCCACGCCCUCCUGCCGUCCCCGGAGACCAUCAAGCGGUGGCGAGACCAGGGCUACAGCAGACUGCCACUAGACAUAAAGUGCCAGCCGACAACGGGCCGCAGCGUGGAAGACUACGUACGCGAGUACUGCCAGGACGUCGAUCUCACGCUCACCGAGGAGGAACUCAAAGAAUUCGUGCUAGAGGUCGAGCAGGCGAGGAAGCUCAAAUGGUUCCAGGACAAGUGGGCUAACUCGUCUUCCAACUCGACUCCUACCCCUACCCCUACCAGCAGUGUUCAUGAGAGUGCCGGUGGAAAAGGGAAUCGGUCCCGGCGUGCUGUCAACUCAUGGUGA